GUCUCUUCUCAGUUCGUCCUCAACCCCACCAAACCUCCAGUGGUCAUUGUAUAAUUGUUUUACAAGUUUUAUUUUUUUUAGAAUUUUAUAAAUCUAGGGUGGAUUAUUCGAAUUGUCCAUAAAACCAAAAGCUCGCUGUUCAUGGUUCUGCAAAACCCAUAAACGACUUUUGUAGAGAGAGAAAUAAUCUAGAGAGAGAGAGGAAGGGGCAAUGAGACCAAGCGAAGCUAGCUAGUUCGAGAAUCGAGAUACAUAUAAGGGGAAAGAGAGAAUCGAAGACCAAGCAAAGCAAAUCUAUAUAACGAGGCGUGCCAGUAAUUGCUGAGCUGUUUCCAGCCGAUGAAGCGGUUUGAUUGCCUCAUCUGCUAGGAGCUUGGAACUUCAAAUUCCACAAAACAGGUUGAGAAUUGUAUACCUGUAGGAUCAAAUGGAGUUAAAAGUUUCAUCUGUUGAGGAAGGGGGUCUUUCGCCUUCUGAUUGUGUGAGUGACCCUGAGGAGAAAGAAAUCAGUGAUGAUGACGAUGAUGAUCGUAACCAUAAGCAUCGUAGGCGGGAGACACAGUCUCAAUAUUUGGAAAGAGGUGCUCUAGAGCAAGUUUUAACAAGGCCAUACAGGAAGUGGAAUAAACCCUUUGAAAAUGGACAACCUUACAGGGAAAAUAAUUCUCAGUCAAGUGGAACCUUGAGAAAUUAUAAUGCCGCCCCUUUAGAGAAAGACCUGUCUGCAAAGUUUGAAAAUAGACGCCCUGGCUUAGCAGCUUUCCCUCGAGCUCAUAUGGAUUUGAAUCAAAGAAUCAGGGCAAACCAGUCAUCAUCUGGUGAGCCUGGUCCAGGUAGAGGUAGAGUAAGGGAAACUGGUUAUUGGAGCCAACGUGAUUCUAGGUUUAGCUCAGUUGAUAUUGCUUCUCAAAUGGUCCAACAGGGAUUUGUUCCUCCCACUUUAUUUGCAGGAAGGGGGUUGCCAAAUGUUUCAAAUGCAAAGAGUGCAUCCUGGAGUGCAUUUGGAUUGAUUCCAGGGAUACCAAAUGGUGGUUUGGAUACACUCCAUUCCCUUGGUUUGCAAGGAUCGCUGAGACCACCAAUCAAUCCACUGAACAUGGGUAUUCCACGUCAACGAUGUAGAGACUUUGAGGAGCGUGGCUUUUGCCUUAGAGGUGACAUGUGCCCGUUGGAGCACGGUGUCAAUAGAAUUGUUGUUGAUGAUGUUCAGAGCCUUUCACAGUUUAAUCUCCCAGUUUCACUUUCAAGUGCACAGCUGUUGGGAAUACCUGCUGGAACAGGGCCUAUAAGCACAUUGAUUGAUAGCAAAAGUAGCAAGUCUGGAACGGCUGAUGAUGGAUUUGGCUGGAAUGGUGCUUUAACUGGUUCAGCUGGAGCAGGUGGAGCUGAUUUUUAUGAUCCUGAUCAGCCUUUGUGGACUAAUGAUUGUGCUGAAAGAUCGACUGCACUUUCAGCACUUAAUCCAUCUAAGAUUGAUGAAACAGAGUCUUUGUUGGAUGCUGACCUCUCGGAUCGUUAUCAACCCAGAUUUUGUGAUGGCUCUGAUAACAAAUGCCCAGUUCGAAGUGAUCCGACUGCUGUUGAGUCUCAAAGUACUAGUAAACCUGUGUGGGGAAGAAUUGAUAUUUCGAAAAAUAGAUCAGAAAUGAAAAAGAAAAUUGGUUCUGCUUCCUCAAAUUAUGUUGAUAAUGAAGCAAAUGAAGAUCGGGUGCUACCAACCAGCAUUCAGGGUGCUGCCCAACAAGGGAAGCGAAUAAUCGUGGAGGACAUCCGUCCGCAAGUUAUGGUUUCAUUGAAGGCACAAGGUGAUUCUGGGCAUAAUAUCCGGAAACCAUCUCAAAAGGCACUACGUACUCUUUUUGUCAAUGGCAUUCCCCAGAAGGACAACAAAAAGGAUGCCCUUCUUUCACAUUUUCGGAAAUUUGGAGAGGUGGUUGACAUUUAUAUUCCAUCUAGUAGUGAACGAGCUUUUGUUCAGUUUUUGAAGAGGGAAGAGGCAGAGGCUGCACUUAAGGCACCUGAUGCUGUAAUGGGUAACCGCUUUAUCAAGCUUUGGUGGGCUAAUCGGGAUAGCAUUCCUGAUAAUGGAACGAGGCUUGGCAAUAAUGUCUCUGUAAUGCCCCAUGGUAUGACAGUUGCCUCAGUUCCACCUCAUCCAUCAAUUACUGAUGGAGGGAAAGAUAAUCUCCAAUGUUCCGCCCCAAAAGUUAGUUUUGUCCAUUCUUCUGUUUCUCCUCUGCCUACUUCUGGUCACCCGGAGGCUGCAAUCACCAAUGGUCCUAAAGCCCCACCUCCUUUUCAAAAGAAGCUUGAGAGUUUAGAGCUCAUGAAGGAACUCCUUAAGAAGCAGGAAAUGCUUGAUCAGAAAAGGAAUGACUUUCGCCGACAAUUGGAUAAACUUGAGAGACAAGCAUCAGGUCUCAAAAGUGAAGUGGCGUUUGAGCAGGCCGCUAAGCGACAUAAAGUGGGAAUAGUAGCUGAUGUUGCAGAAGCGUCAAUUCAGAGGUCCGCUGAUCUUGGUACUGUUGUGGCAUCACCUGUGGCUGAAGUGAUGGUAGAUAAGAACAAAUCUGCAGAGAAUGUUGUGCAUCAUAGUCCCAAAAUGAAUUUGGUCGUGGCACCGCAGCAACCUUCAGUCUUGAAACCAUCAAUCCGUCCAUUGGCACCUCUAGGGGCACCCUUUAUCUAUAGAUUCAAAUUGGACAACCGUCCCACAGCAUUUAAAAUUAUUCCACCUUUGCCAAGUGGUCUUGCAAAUGUUGCUAUUUUGAAAGAACACUUCUCCACAUUCGGUGAACUUUCUACUGUAGAGCUAGACAAUUUAGACUCUAAUGGAUCAGAUGCAUCAAAAAAUUGUUCAGCUUUAAUAUCUUUUACGACUCGUCGCUCAGCUGAGAGGGCAUUUGUGGAUGCUAAAUGCUGGCAAGGCCACAAUUUGCAAUUUAUUUGGCUGGCAUCCAGUCAUUCUAGCAAUGUCAGUGUCAAAGAAAACCCUUCAUCUGCUUCUAAGGGGCCGUCAGAUGGUAAUGUGCAGCCGACAUGUGAAGUUGCAUCAACUAUUACCCAGGAAUUAGCUCUCUCAGGAAAUGCAGAAUCUGAGAGUUUGGAUAGAAGAGAUGGUGACCAUAUGGAACGGGAUGAAGACUUACAGUCGUGUUUAUCCGAAAUGUCAUUCGAGAAACAGCCACCAAAAGGCGACGUGUGCUGAGGAUGGCCUAAUCGCCAGAUUUGUACAGUGAGGUAAAUGUCAAUUAUAUCUAAAUACAAUAUCAAUUUUUAUCCUCUCAUUUGGUACAUGUAAAUUUGGAAUUUUUGUGAUUUUCAACUGCCAGCUUUGGGAAAUGGUUGGCUAGUUGUGAGUUUUGUUGUGCAUCAGAUGCUCUGCUUAGGUAUGUGUAGGACUGAGGACUAAACUUGAAAUUUUCUAUAGAAAUAAAACGAAUGAUGAAUAAGAAUAUGUUUGGUUGUCUGUUUUUACAA